AUGUCAAAUCAGAAAGCGACAACGUCAUGUCAACAUGAACUUCAUUAUCUGGAGCGUCUAGGAUCUUACUUCACAUCAAUUCGAAAUGUAGCUGUGGAUCCGAAUGGAGGCUUACUUGAAAUAUUCAAGCUCAACGCUGAUAAAUGGAGUUCUGAAAAUAAAGCAAGGUGCGAAUCUAAUUGGUGGGUCGGGCAGCUCUCUGAAUUUUUCGAUGAAAGUCCUUUGGCGAAAUGCAAGUACAACAUGAUCAGCGCUGUACAUUCGAUGUACCAUACUGGUGACCUUGAGAAGACCUUCAUCCGGCUAAUGUCAAUGCUAAAAGAGAAUGGAAUCCUGCUAAUUGUCUUGUCAGGAAAGAAUAUGAUACACCAAACUCAUCGUAAAAAACAACGGUUGCCUGCUAGUUAUCGAUAUUCUGACAAACCAAAAUCUCUACAAAUUUCUGAGUUGGCCAAGAAAAAUGGAUUUGAGAUCACUACAGUGGAGCUGGAUAUCAAAUGGGACGUCACCGAUUUAUUCGAUGAGAAGUCAGAGCUCGGGGACAAACUGUCUGACUUUCUGACGAUGGUAGCAUACUUUCGGAAAACGGCAUCGCCUGAAACCAAAGAGGAUUUGUUGUCCUUUUGGCGGUCUUUAUGCUCAGAGGACGAGGACGGGCGCAUGCGUACACAGGCAGGAGAGAUGAUUUUUGUCGUUACAAAGUAGAAUAUAUAGGGGAUAACAUUGGCCCGUAUUCUGAAGUCGGGUCUAACUUAAACUCAGGUUUAAAGUUGUAGUUUAAGUAUGGGAAGCCAAAAGUAUCAAAAAUUUUAUCAAGUUGUAUGUUUCUUAUGUUUACUGUGCUCUUUCCUGAUUCAUCGAUGGUGAAGACGAUAAUCUUUUUAUACUUCCCAGACAAUUAUGAAUGAUUUGAGAGCCAAAUUAGCUGAAGUAUGUUAUCUCUACUGUUAGUGAUUUAUGUAGCAAUUGGCUGUCCAUACUUAAACCACAACUUUAAACCUGAGUUUAAGUUAAACCCGACUUCAGAAUACGGGCCAUUGACUUUAAUAUGGUUCAAAUAAGCUAUACAGUAAUCAAAUAUGGGAUACGUUAAUUUGGCGUUGAGGUUAUAUACGUGAAAAAUCAUUUAUCUAUGGGAAUAAAUUAGGUUGAAACAAUUUUUGGCAUUUAUUGGGGGUUAUUCGUUUUUAGUUUAAUCAAUAUGGUAUACACAGUUAAUGACUUAUCCUGUUUAUGCAUUAGUUAAAUUGUUGAAUUUGGUUUGCAUAAGUUGGAUAUUUACUUUAGUGGAAGUAGUCGUAUUUCUGAUAGCAGAUGGAGGAGGAAGAAAAGGUAGACGUGGAGAAGAAAAGGUAGACAUGGAGAAGAAAAGGUAGACGUGGAGAAGAAAUAUGUCUGUUAUAGAAAUAUUUGAAGAACUUAAGGAAUAAUAGAUGUAGUAGUAGUAGUAGUAUUAUGCCCGUUCACUCAAUAGCUGAGUAACGCCAGUGAUGAUUAAUAAAAGUAUUCAAGUCAAGUAAAAUAAUUAUGCAGGACUUAUUAAUGUAAUAUUUCCCGUUAGUUUCCUAUUUUACCUACGAUUUUGAUUGAAUCAAAUCUGAUCACGAAAUUUGCACUGACAGGGUUAUCGUAAUCCUCAAUAUUCAUUCACCUCAACAUUUGGUUGGGAAUGACUUUAAAUACCCCCCCCAAAAAAAAAAAAAAAAAAAAAAAAAAAAAAAAACUAAUAACCUGGCUACCACUGUUAUACAAUGUUACUCACAUAAUGUACUGUCUUAAAUACAGAAUGCUUAGUAUCAUUUUGAAUAAAAUCUUGAUUG